UGUAUACGAGUCUAUAUAUUUAGUAACCUCGACUCCCAAGGCUUUACAUCACCAAUACAUUUAAGUUUUGUAUAUUUUCUUCAGUUGGCUGAGUAUAUCUUAUUUCAAUAUGGAAUCCAAUUGUGUUCAGUUUCUUGGCAACAAGACGAUUGUCAUCACAGGUGCUCCAGGUUUUCUUGCCAAAGUUCUGGUAGAGAAAAUUCUGAGGUUGCAACCAAAUGUGAAGAAGAUGUACCUUCUGUUGAGAGCUCCCGACAAUAAAGCAGCCAUGCAACGUUUACGUAGUGAGGUUCUGGAGAUAGACCUUUUUAGGGUGUUGAGGAACGAUCUAGGUGAAGAAAAUCUGAAUGCUUUGGUGCGUGAAAAGAUCGUGCCGGUUCCCGGUGAUAUAUCGGUCCAUAAUUUGGGAGUGAAGGACUCUGAGCUCUUACAACGUAUAUGGAGUGAGACUGAUAUCAUGAUCAAUAUCGCAGCCACAACGAACUUCGAUGAAAGAUAUGAUAUUGGUCUUGGCAUCAAUACAUUUGGAGCUCUCAAUGUUCUCAACUUCGCCAAAAAGUGUGUUAAAGGACAACUGCUUCUCCAUGUCUCAACCGCAUAUGUUUCCGGAGUAGAGUCGGGACUAUUACUAGAGAAACCAUUCAAGAUGGGGGAUAGUCUCAACGGAAAUAAGAAACUAGACAUCAAUGUUGAGCUCGAUCUUAUGAAACAUAAAUUGAAAGAGCUCGAGCAUCAAGACUGUUCUGAGAAAGAGAUAUCUCAGGCGAUGAAAGAUCUUGGAAUGGCAAGAGCAAAGCUUCAUGGAUGGCCAAAUACAUAUGUGUUCACCAAAGCAAUGGGAGAGAUGCUAAUGGGACACUACAGAGAAAAUUUGCCACUUGUUAUCAUUCGUCCAACAAUGAUCACUAGUACUCUCGCUGAACCAUUUCCCGGUUGGAUCGAAGGAUUGAGAACUAUAGACAGUGUGAUUGUUGCAUAUGGUAAAGGAAGGCUUAAAUGUUUUCUUGCGGAUUUAAAUACAGUCUUUGACCUUAUACCGGCAGAUAUGGUGGUAAAUGCGAUGAUUGCAACCGCGACAGCUCACGCGGGAGAAACCGGGAAUCAAAGCAUAUACCAUGUCGGUUCUUCUUUUCAGAACCCGGUCACGUUUGGACAACUCCACCAGUUCACUGCUCGUUACUUCGCUAAAAAACCUCUCAUUGCUCGCAAUGGCUCACCAAUCAUCGUAUCCAAAGGAACGAUUUUAUCCACUAUGGGUCUCUUCAGCCUCUACAUUACCCUGCGUUACAAGCUUCCUCUACAGAUACUUCGAUUGAUUAAUAUAAUAUACCCAUGGAGUAAAGGAGACAAAUACAAUGACGACACCCGCAAAAUCAAUCUGGCUAUGCGACUAGUUGAACUUUACCAGCCUUACUUACUCUUCAAGGGCAUAUUUGAUGAUUUAAAUACCGAAAGACUGCGAAUGAAAAGAAAGGAGAACAUCAAAGAGUUUGAUGGGUCGUUCGAGUUCGAUCCCAAGUCCAUUAAUUGGGGGGAUUAUAUGGAAAACACACACAUUCCUGGCCUCAUCACCUAUGUCCUUAAACAAUAAACUAUAUAGUACGUGAAUACUAGUAAUAUCGUAUUGUGCACUGUUUAAUGAGUGACCUUGAAUCUUGUGUGUAAUAUUAUUUAUAUUUAUCAAAACAUUAUAAGAAAAUAAGAUUUAUGUCAUUAUAAUUGAAUUGUAUUAUAUUUCCUGGUUUCUUUGAAUAUUAAUUACAUGUAAAACCAAAAUAUUGUUUCAACUCAAGAUAAUGAAAUUAAAAUUUUCUUA